GUGGAAAGUAGGAGGGGGGAGUCUGGGAGAGUCUUUAAAAGGCAGCAGCAGGGAGAAGAGUCAGAGGAGAAACGUGUCUAAAAGAAAAGAACAGGGAAAACAAAAUCAUCAAAAUCCGGGACGGUGGACAGACUAAAGGAUACUAAAAUCACAUCAUUCAGAUAGCAUGUCUGCCAAUAGGAAUGCGGCUCUGCCCUCACUGCUCCUCUUCCUGGUGCUUCUCCAUGACUCUGUCACCAACACGGUGCCGAGCCAAAACAGAAGCCACACGACCAGUCAGCCUCCCGUGACAUACAGACGAAUCAUCUUCGUGGCGGAGCCCGAGGAGCCGGAGACGCCCACAGCGCGGGCGAGCUCGCGGCCGGCCGCCUUGGCCGAACUCUGUGACUACGACCCCUGCAGGGACCAGCAGAUGCCCUGCACCCAGCUGUCAUUGGAAAGUGGCUGCCUGUGCCCAGGUCUCAGCGGGCCCAAUGUCCUGCCCCAGGCCCCGCAUCUGAACAGCGUGCGCCGCGAGGGUGCUGAGGUGGUGGCCCGGUGGUGCGCUCCGGCCUCUGAAGUGCAGCAGUACCGGGUCACAGUGGAGCUGGGCACAUUUCAGCUGUUUGGGGAGAUUUCCAGAAAAGGCUCUCUGGGGAAUCUGGUGCCAGGGACCAAAGUGUGUGUGGAGGCGAUCAACAGGGCUGGUACCAGCACCCCGUCGCAGUACUCCUGUACCCGGUAUGAGCCCAAGGGGACUGAUACCCUGGCCCUGAAAGCCGGGCUCAUCGCUGGAGGCCUGACCCUCCUACUGCUCCUCUCUGUGGUCGCCUUCCUGCUUUGGAGGCGCAAGUUGCACAAAGAUGGGAGCAGUAGCGAGGGUCUGGGGAACCCAUCUUUUAACACUGAAGGAUCCCUGUGACCACUGGGGGUUUGUGAUCCCUUUUGGAGGCAGAGACUAAGACAUUAAAACAUGAUGCAUUUUAUAUGGGGCAUGUCCUGCUGGCAGAAUGUAGACAGCAGGGAAAUUCCUCUGCCUGAGUGCACUGUGACAUAACUGGCCAUAAUUGUGAUACACUGUAUUCGUAUGUGUGGGUUUUUGUGAAUAGUCUGGUAGCUACAGAGUAGUGACGGCCAAAUGAACCAUUUGCUGUAUUUUCUGUCCCCACUAGAUGGCGCUCUUGGUUUGCUUUGGGGCAUGCUUUGAGCCCUUUUUUGAACAGAGAGAACCAUCUAGUGGGAUCAGAAAAUAUAGCAAGUGGUUCAUGAAGCUUCAUUUGGCCAUCAGUACUACAGUAUAUAGUGUGUCGUGCCUUUAGUGGCACACAAACAAAUACCUAGUUAAAUGCAUUGAGUGUGAUUGGCACUCUGCGUCCAGCCAAGGGUACGAUGAAGGGGAGCAGACAGAAGCAGUGGUCCAGGGUCAGGAUGUGAAGCUGUGGGGCUGUAGCACAUCUACAGCGGAACCUCAAUGCUGCAGGAACCUUAAGAUCAGGUGACCGAGGUCAGAAAUGAAAGGCAUUAGUAUACGAGUUUCCCCUCUGUUAGUCUACUAAUGAAAUGAAGUGGUUCAGCAGAGUUGGGUCUGUUUUUUUUUCUUCUUUUUUUUGUGGGACAGCCAAGAAAGAAGCCACUUUAUUCUCCCGAAGGAAGGUAACAGUGGAAAACAACAGCUGGUCAGGAAGCAGACAAUCGAAGGUUACACUGGCUGAACUGCUUUCUAUUACUCACAAUCGAAAUCUGACGAUUAUUUAUUUGUCUAAACUGCUAAAUUUUUAUAGAUUUUUAAUUUAGUUUUGACUGCAAUAACAUUUAUCUUUAAACUGGACAGACUAAUGUUAAUAUAGAAGUACUGACGUGUUUUCUUAAUAUUUAAUGGAUAUGCAACUUUUUAAUAAAAACUAAAUCAAAAGUGGGGCUUUACAAAUUAUAAUGAAAGGGCCCUUGUGUUUCUCUUUUUAGACUGAAAACUGUACAGUGGGGAUACUUCAUCGACUCAUUAGAAAGGCUUAUCUGAUUCACCCUGCGUCUAUUAUUCUGCCCCAUUUUCCACGUGUAUUCUCACAGUGCUGAAUGGGGAAGUGAUUGCAGACUGUGGGGGUUGUGGGGGAGGGGGGGGCAGUGGGUUCUCACCGAAACCACCCACAAAAACUUGGAAGUUCUGUGAUUUUUUCAGAAGCUGUUUCGGCUUAUGUGACCAGUCGAAAUAACCCGAUCCAGCCCUCCCCCUGUCCAUGCCGGUGAUGGUGCGUGGGGGGGGGGGGGCACUCAAAGCAUGAUCGGCGAUAAUCAGGGUGCUGGUUCACUGCACUUUUUCAGAGCUGCCGCCUGUAAUUAUGCACGCCUGUUAAGUGCAGAUUUUAUCCAUCUGUUUUGGGAGCCAUUUACCAGAUAUUAUGGGUAAUGACAAAGUUUUACAUUCAUAUUCAUAUUAAUAUACAAAUGAUGAGCCUUUUGAUAUUUACUUUAAGCUUGUGCAGAUUUUUGGCCUAACCCUUUCAACAAUAAAUCCAGUAGCUGUUUGAAA